GCGCACACAUACGCGCGCGCACACGCUCCCUUCACCGCCCCCUUCUCUCUCCGUCUCUCUCUCUCUUCGUUCUCCUCUUCUUCAUCACUCUUGUUUUACGCGGGCUGUAAUCAUCCCAAUGGCUCUCGUCGACCAUGGACGAUGAUUUUGUUUCGGUUUUUCCAUUCGCAUCACGGGAAUAUCGCUCCAACGUCGACGCAGUCCAUGAGCACAAGGGGUUUUUCGCUUCCUAUGACUGCUGAAGGAUAUUUCUGCAUGUCGAGAGACUGAAGAGACGCGGAGAACACGUUCAAUGCCGUUGGAACAUGUCAUAUGUUCCCUUUCAAGAUGCGAGGUAUGCUGCCCCCCCCUCCUACCGACACCAGCCCUCCUUCGCUGCUGCUCCCUCCUUCGAGCAACCCGACUGGAAUCCUCGUCUGUGUGUGAUCAGUGGAAAUCAGCUCUACAUGUUGGACCAGGAGGAGGUUCACCCUUUGUUGAUGCGCGAGCAGCGCUCGGAGUUGCACAGAAACAAGCUGCUGCGACGGACGGUCAGCGUGCCUGUGGAGGGGAGGCACCAUCCUGAAAUGGACAACGCUCGGCUCCGGCGGAAGAGCAUCGCCACCGGGAAGCAGCCAAGCAUGGAGAUCCCACCCACUGCCCCCCCACAACCCUUCCGACAAUCUAGUUUCCUCAGUAGAAGACUGAAGGGGUCCAUUAAACGGGCCAAGAGUCAGCCCAAACUGGACCGAACCAGCAGCUUCCGCCACAUGAUCCUCCCUCGUUUCCGCAGCGCCGACCAAGACCGGACUCGUCUGAUGCAGAGCUUCAAAGAAUCACACUCCCAUGAGUCUUUGCUGUCUCCCAGCAGCGCAGCCGAGGCCUUGGAUUUGACACUUGAUGAAGAUGCGGUCAUCAAGCCUGUUCACUCCAGUAUACUGGGACAGGAGUACUGCUUUGAGGUGAUAACCACUUCAGGAACAAAGUGUUUUGCCUGUCGGUCGGCCGCGGAGCGAGACAAAUGGAUAGAGAAUCUGCAGAGAGCUGUCAAACCAAACAAAGACAACAGUCGACGCGUCGACAAUGUUCUGAAGCUGUGGAUCAUCGAGGCCCGUGAACUCCCACCCAAAAAGCGCUAUUAUUGUGAGCUGUGCUUGGAUGACAUGCUUUACGCCCGCACCACCAGCAAACCCCGAACUGAUACUGUCUUCUGGGGUGAGCACUUCGAGUUCAACAACCUGCCAGCUGUCCGCAACCUCCGCCUUCACCUUUACAAAGAGACAGACAAGAAAAGACGCAAGGAGAAGAGCACAUACCUGGGCUUGAUUAGCAUUCCCAUUUCCAGCAUCACUGGUCGUCAGUUUGUGGAGCAAUGGUACCCCGUCAUUCAGCCCAGUGUCCUGGCCAAGGGUGGCGGUGUUGGAGGGGGCAAAAUCAUCAACGCCUCCCUGCGGCUCAAGUCGCGCUUUCAGACCAUGAGCAUCCUGCCGAUGGAGCUGUAUAAAGAGUUCGCAGAGUAUGUGACCAACAACUACCGAACGCUGUGCGCCGUUCUGGAGCCGCUGCUGAGUGUCAAGAGCAAAGAGGAAGUGGCCUGUGCUCUGGUGCACAUCCUGCAGAGCACAGGGAAGGCCAAGGAUUUUCUUUCAGACAUGGCGAUGUGUGAAGUGGACCGAUUUACCGAUCGAGAGCACCUGAUCUUCAGAGAGAACACCCUGGCCACCAAAGCCAUAGAAGAGUACCUCAAACUCAUCGGACAUAAGUACCUCAAAGACGUUUUAGGUGAUUUUAUCCGUGCGCUGUAUGAGUCAGAGGAGAACUGUGAAGUCGACCCAAUGAGGACUCCACCUUCUGUGCUGCCUGAACAUCAAGCCAACCUCCGGAUGUGCUGUGAGCUGGCACUCUGCAAAAUCGUCAACUCUCAUUGUGCGUUUCCAAGAGAAUUGAAAGAGGUGUUUGCGUCCUGGCGUGUUCGAUGUGCUGAGAGGGGAAGAGAAGACAUUGCAGAUCGACUGAUCAGUGGUUCCCUCUUCCUGCGCUUCCUGUGUCCAGCCGUCAUGUCGCCAUCCUUAUUCAACCUCACACAGGAGUACCCCGAUGAGCAGACCUCACGCACACUCACCCUCAUAGCCAAAGUUGUGCAGAACCUUGCAAACUUCUCAAAGUUUGGCAGUAAGGAGGAGUACAUGUGCUUUAUGAAUGAGUUUUUAGAGAUGGAGUGGGGCUCCAUGCAGCAGUUCCUGUACGAGAUCUCCAAUCUCGACAGCGUGAGCAACGCAGCUGCUUUUGAGGGCUACAUCGACUUGGGAAGGGAGCUCUCGAUCCUGCACAGUCUUUUGUGGGAAGUCAUGGCACAGCUUAGCAAGGAUGCUAUCAUCAAACUCGGACCAUUGCCCCGCCUUCUAAAUGACAUCAGCAUGGCCCUUCGUAACCCUCACCUCCAGCGACAGCCCAGUCAUCAGACGGACAGACCGCCUCCAGAGAGACAGACAGACAGGCUGCUCUCCAAGCCCAGCUUCAACAGGGGCGUCUCGUCUGAGUUCCAGAACCUCAUGAUGAGGGACCUCAACAGUUCAGUUGAGAUCACUCGCCUGCCCUCUCCAACCUCUGCCAUGUCCAGUGGUGGCGCCCCUCCGCCCCGGCCCGGAAUGGGGGGGUUUGCAGACCACGAUCAUCCUCACCGAGCCUCAUCUAAAGACGUUUUCUAUGUCGCCCGUCCCCCGCUGGCCCGCUCCAGUCCAGCGUAUUGUACUAGCAGUUCUGAUAUUACUGAUCCAGACCCAAAGGACUCAAGAAUGAACAGCGUCUCUAACCUGCAGUCUAUGGGGGACAUGCUCAACUCUUCCCAGGCCUCGAUUGCCGGCCUCGGCAGCUACGGUGGGCUCGCGGGCUUGGGAGGAGGCCUCGGAGGCCAGCUGCGUGCCGGAGGGCGUAUGUCGGCCGGAUCCGGGGGUUCCAGCAUGUCCGGGGGUCUGAGGUUGAGCCAGAUGGGAACCACCACCGACUCACUGUCCCAGCAGCAGCAAGCCGCCGCUCUCCGCUACCCCCUCUCCUUCCAGAACCCUCUGUUCCACCUUGCUGCUGACGGGCCUCAGCUUCACCACCAGCACAGUCGAGCUCAACCUCCUCCUCCUCUCCUGCUGGCCCCAGAGCCAGACGCCUCUCACCCCACUUACAUCCCGCAGUUUGCCCACGGCGGCUUCUCCCGCAGCGAGGACCUCUCCACCCUCAGACCUGGCCCUCAUCUGGGUCAGCCGAGCAUCAUUCACUCCCACAGCUACAGCGACGACUACAGCCGCCAUAACCAGAGCGAAUACGGGCGGCGGCAGAUCCCCAUGCACAUGCAGGAGCAGCAGCAGAUGGCAGGCAUGGCAGGCAUGGCUUCACAGACCGGCACAUCUCAUUCAUCGCUCGCCACGCCUCCUUCCACCGUUCAGCCUGUCCGUCAAAGCUCCAUGGCUCCUCCCACGCAGCGCAUGAAAUCGCAACCCUCGCAUCAGCUUUCCGUGAGUUCUGCCGCUGCCGCUCCUGCGGGCAAGACCAGGCCGCAGAGCGGAAACCUGCUCCAGUCCCCGGAGUCUGGCUUCGGGGGCCGGCAGCAGGGCCCUCGGCAGCAGCUGUCCGUCAAAGACAGCACCCCGCCUGGCCUGCCGCAUCAGCAGAGCUCCACCAGAGAGAGCCAGGGAUCGCAGGGCUCUCAGGGCGGAACGCCGCAGUCCACACAGCAAUCCAAAUCACAUCAGGAACGACAGCAGAUCCAGCAACAGCAUCUGCUCAAGCCUACCAUGAGCAAACAGGGCUCUUCCCAAUCUCCAACCACCCUCAACCCCUCGAUCCCUGCCUCUGAGCGAACGGUCGCCUGGGUGUCCAAUAUGCCCCAUCUUUCUGCUGACAUAGAGAGCUCCCGCAUCGACCGAGAGGAAUACAAACUCAAGGAGUAUUCAAAGAGCAUGGACGAGUCGCGUCUGGACAGGGUGCGUGAAUACGAGGAGGAGAUCAACUCUCUGAAGGAGCGUCUGAUGAUGUCACACCGCAAGCUGGAAGAGUACGAGAGGAGGCUGUUAACUCAGGAGCAGCAGACCAAUAAAAUCCUGCUGCAGUAUCAGAGCCGACUGGAGAACAGCGAGAGGAGACUGAGACAGCAGCAGAUGGAGAAAGACAACCAAAUUAAAGGAAUUAUUGACAGGAAUGAAGACAUGGAGUCAAGACACUCUGAUGAUGAAGGGAGACCUGGUUCUUACUCCCAAAAGGGCAUAAAAAUAUAAAUCAUCAAGUCUCUUCCCUCCUUGACGUGCAUUAGUGCAGUACCUUACUGGAAUGAUCUCAGGAUGAGCGGGAUGUGUUUGUAAUGGAGGCAGUCGUGUGCUUGCAGUAUAUAUUUGUCAUUUUAAGCACUGCCGUCUGAGGAAAAAAAAGUUUGACAUGGACAGAUUGUGCUUGAGCUGAAAAGAAAAGUUGCUUUAUGAAUUGCUAAUGUUUAAGAAACUUGUUCAGAAAGAAAAAUUGCCAUUUGGAAAAGCUUGGUCAUCCAUUAAAUACAAUUCUGUGAUUAUUUAUUCACCCUCAUGUCAUUCCAAACCCAUAUGCUAUUAAAUUUUCAAUGGAAU